CUGACGCUUCUUCAUAAACUGAUCGUCACGGCAGAUUUCUCGGAGGAAAUUCAGAGUAAGCCUGGAUGGGAUGGGACUAAAAUUAUGGUGUCUACUUUUUUGGACUCGGAAAAAUUGGCGAUUCUCUCUCAGAUCCGAGGCAGGAAGACCUGAUCAGCUUGCUAUUGAUGAUUUUUCAGUGGAACGCAGCGAAUAAUGACCGAUGGGGUGGCACACAUGCUGAAAUUAUUCUUGCUGUCGUUAUUUUCAAAAACGCUCAAUCCGCUCAGCCGGUGACAUUUUGUAACACAUCUUACCAAACUUGCUCUCACCACGGCCAACGAGUCAAUAUCAACGACCGGAGCUUACUGAAAGGGAAUUCUUUUGUUCCCUUUAAGCAGUUGUAACCCUCAUUAGAAUGCGCUGAUGGGCUCAAGAACAAUGCGUACUGCUGAGGAGGAGCAAGAGAAGCUCCGUAGAUUUGUGGAUGAGUGGAGGAGUCACAUUUGGGAAAAGCUUGAACAGUUUGAUAGCACUUCGUCUCAAGCUGCUGCUAGAGAUGUGGGGGACAUCAACGAAGAUCCCGUGCAAAUUGUAACCAAGCCACUGGAGGGAUUCACAGUUUUGGACCUCAUUGCAACUGAUAACUUCCCAUUCAACAAGCUCUUGAUAGUUCUGGCACAUGAUUGUCACGAGAUACUGCAGCUGCGCAAGCAGGCUUUAAGUAAAGUCUACCCUCGACUGGUUGUCUUUGGCCUUCGUUCAGCUUCGGAAGAAACAGCUCUUGAGGGUGAGUUGCAGAAGACUUUUGCAAGGUCAUUCAAGUUCUUCCAAGACCUCUUGGAGUUUGUCUCAAAAUUGAGAGCAGUGCUGUCAAAUCUCGUUCAGCAGCUGGAAGCAAUCUAUUCAGGGGACACAACAAAAAGUAGUAGGAGGCCUUACGCAGCAUUUUGGAAUGUUCAUCUACGAACGGCCGUACACUGUCUCGCCGAGGGUUUCACUACACUUAUUACCAUUGAUGAAAUUGUGGCUCAAAAUACGUCGAUUGGGCACUCUAUAUCAUUGUUCAAAAGGAUGCUACACUCAGUAAGAAGUGAGCCCUCUGCUUUUGCAAUGGAGCCGGAUCAGGUGGAGUCUUUAGAUUCUGAGGUUUCCAAAGUCGACAAUGUGCUCAUGGGUGGUCUCUUUCAGAGAUGCUUGCAAGAAGACUUUUACGGAAAUCUGGAGAUCCAGAAGCUGAAAACCAAUCGACAGUGUCUAGACGAAAUAUUGUUUUGUGUACGCGAGGGCCUUCUACAAAGUCUUGCUCGUUUAGAUUCCUUGAGAGAGUAUCCAUAUGAUCGGGAAAAACUAUUUGGAUUAAUCGCAGUGUGGGUUUGGCACUCAUGGAUGAUUGGGGAUGCUCCAGAAAAGAAACUGACAAAACUUGUCAUGGAGCUCCAGAGGCGUGCACCCGUUCUGCAUUUAUUUUGCAAUGUACGUCUGGUUCCGUUACAAUUUUUGAUCGGCCACCUGCCUUCUUGGGCUCUUUCUUCUCCAAUAAUAAAAGAAGCUCGAAGAGACGCUGGAGUUGUAAACACCAGUUAUUUAGCAGCAUUGGAUGACGUUCUGAGUAGCCACUCGCAGACAUUACGGUCUGUACUGGUGAACUGGCUAGUGUCUUUCGACUCAACUGUAUCUCCAGUUGUUCAGCAACUUGCUAUCCAUGCAAUGCUUGGAACGCGAUUCAAGCAGCUGACUCAGGGUGUAUGUCUGGCAAAUAGACUACGUCACAUCCUUCGAGCGACCAUAGAUAUUCAUGCCUAUUUAGAGGUACCGAUAAACAAGGAGCAGUUGAAAAAAUUACGUCAUGUUGCCGAAAUACUGAAGGCAGUGGAGGCAAUGUUCCAUAGAAGAAGUAGCGAGACUGCCUUGGGGUUGGGCCAUAUGCUUCAGUUGGCUCAAUCGCAGAUUUUAAGGCGGCUUAGUCCUCUCAAAGCACAGCUGGAGGCAGAUCUUUUAGCAAUGUCAAGAAGCACGGGUGUUUUUAUGCUAGCCCGUUCUUUGACUCGGAGUGGCAAAGACAUGGACACAAAGAUUACGGAUGCACUAGCUGCUGUGAACGUGGCAAUCAAGAUGGCGGAGGGUUGUUCCAGUAUGCAGAGCAACGUCAUCCUUCGCCUCGCUUUAGAUGUUAUUUGUAGCCCUAACAGCAAGGUACCGGAUGAUGUAGCUUCUGAGAUGAUGGACCUGUGUUCGGUCAUUGAGCUAGUUGCAGACGUUCACAAUGUUGUGAAGCUGGUCACCGAUUGCAGUUUUCUGUACUGGAGCAGAGAUAUAAUGCCAGCGUGUUUUAAAAUGCUGUAUAGAAAGACCGGAGAAGCUCGCCACCUUCAGUUGGUGGUUAGUGCUUUCAGAGAUCCUGUGAACUUAAUGAUAACUGGCAAUGCUGAUCUAUCAGUUAUCGAGUCUUACGAAAAAGAGAUGGAAGAAGCGAUCUCUAAUGAGCUGGUAGCACCUUUGUGUCGAGAUAUUGAGACAGAUCUACGUCUGCAUGUUCACUCUGCCCAUUUGAAGGGAGCGGUGAACAUCAACCCUACGAAGACAGGUGUACGAGACUUAUCGUGGUUCCUGCAUCUUAAACCAUUAAGGUUAAGCUCGAAACGGAUUCAUAUCAGAAGCAGAGUGGAAACUUAUUUAAUUGCAGCGUUUUAUAACCACGCAGCUGUUGCUCUUCAUAAUUGGAAGACAUAUGGAGAGAUGAGACAUCUGGCAGAGCUGAAGUAUGGAUUGGAACUUGAUGAUAUUCACUUACCUGGUCAAACAUUGGAGCAAGGGGUGGACGUUCUCGAAAUUAUGCGGAAUAUUCACCUAUUUGUGGCAUGCUAUACUUAUAAUCUCAAUACUCAGGUGUUUAUUGAGCGGGUGUCAAAUGCUCGCAACCGCAAGUAUCUGAAUACAGUGAAUGUGAGGCAUGUGGCCAAUUCCAUACGUACUCACGGUACAGGAAUAAUGAGCACUACAGUCAAUUUUGCCUAUCAGUUUCUUGCUCAAAAGUUUAUCGUCUUUUCUCAAUUCCUCUUUGACGACCACAUAAAAUCAUUGCUGAUUAAGGAGCAGAGAUUCUACAAGGAAAUUAGAGAAAAAGGAGGGAAAGACUAUCCUGUUGAUAGAGCAGAGAAGUUGAAUAAGGAUAUCCGGAAGCUUGGGCUUACAGACGACGGAUUGAGUUUUCUUGAUCAAUUCCGCCGGCUUAUCGCUGAGAUGGGAAAUGCUCUUGGUUUUGUGCGGAUGGUUCGGCUCGGGGGCCUUCACUAUUGCAGCUCCGCUUCAGGGUUUCUUCAUGAUCUAGACAAAGAAAUGAGUUUCCAAGAGGCUUCGAGAGACGCAGGCAUUACUGCAGGAGGAGUAUAUGCUGGGAAGAUCUUGGAUCAAGCUCUGGAUAGCCAGAAGAUAUCUCUAGAGGGAAUGGAUUAUUUGAAUAUACUCACCACUGUCUUUAGCCAGGAGCUGCGGAGUAAUGACAACUCACAUCUGAAGAACUUUUUCUUGAUAGUCCCAACGCUCACAAUCAAUGCUGUAGAAGCUAUGCUUCAGGCCAAAGAAAGAAUGUCCAAGAGAGGCCGGGAUGCUUCCAACGGCAUGUUCACAGAUGAUGGUUUCGCCCUUGGACUUGCAUAUGUUCUGAAGGUCUUAGGGCAGAACAAGGACUUCGACUCCUUGCAUUGGUUUGACUCUGCAAGACAUCACUAUUUAGCUGAGAAAGCACGAAUUGAAGACGGUCUCGACAUGGAUGGUAUUGGCAGUGGUAUGAAUGGGUUACAAAUUUGGAGCCAAAAACUUGCAUCUAUAUCUGAAGAAGAAGCUCACAACAUGCAGCUGGUUGUAAAACGAAUUAGCAGUCACUUGAUGGAGCUGGAGCUUAUAUUUUUCACUUUCAGCGGCGCUCGUAUAUUUUUCCACUAGUGCAGAGUAUGUUGUGUGGCGUAUCAGUUGCGAUUCGGUAGCUUUCAUAGGAAAGUAUUCUAGCCUUAUUAUUAGUGAUGAAUAGGCGGGUUGUCACGAUCGUGCAUGCACACGGAUUUGUUAAAAUCAUUUAACAGAACAGCCGAGAGCACAUGUUCAAGUGCAGAAAUAUUCUCACAGUUGUAUAGCAUUGUACGGACAGAAUACUCCUUGAUGUAAUUUACAUCUGAUAGUUAGCAAUGUCAUAAAGCUGUCAAGGAGCUCAGCUCAGUAACCAUUUGCUGUAAAUCAAGCUCAAAAUAAGACGUGACCACCAGAUAAAAACCUCGAAAAUCUCGCAAGAAGUGCAUAGAGUUUCUAUACAUAGAUGAUUAUCUAUGAUUAGACACUGAAAGCAUAGUUUAACAAAGCUUGAGUCUUCAUUGCAACGUCGUUUGAAGAAUGGCAAUGAAUGGACGGGUUUGAUAUCAGAAGUAGAUUUGAAAAAAUAAAUUUAAUGACUCACAUUCAAAGUGUUUCGGGUUGAAGUGUCGAAGAAUACUGUCUCUGUACUUUCAGUCGGCAG